CCCUGCUUAGCUGAAGUAUGACGUGUCUCUAAGCACCUCCCCCUACCCAGGAGGGCAGGCCAGGGCACAGCAGGCUGGCAAACGAUUCUCAGAAAAGCCUAUCAUUUAAGCAGCUGCAUAGUCCUAUCUUCCUCCUGCUUCACAGAUAAGAAAGAGUCAGGCCUGAAGAGUCAGCAAAGAAACCCAGUCUUGAGAGCUGAAGCACGUUUAAAAUAAAUCACCUUAUUUCAGUAUCUAACUUCUUAAAUGAUCCAGAAAAACAGGCCUUCUCUGCUCCAGGCUCAAGAUGUAGAAAACAAAGUAGAAACAUUAAUGGGGAAGGUUUCGAUGUAUUGCAAAUUACACGCAGAAGACCACAGCGGCUGGCGGGGAUAGGGGUGGCGGCAUGGAAAGUUUGCAGGAGGAGACUGCUCUGCAGCGGAUGCAUCCAGUCCUAAAGGCCUUUGUGUGUGGUUCCAUCAGUGGGACCUGCUCCACCCUUCUGUUCCAGCCCCUCGACCUGCUGAAAACCCGCUUGCAGACUCUGCAGCCUUCUGUGAAUGGGUCCAGCCGUGUUGGGAUGGUAACACUGCUCUUUAGGGUUGUUCGUACAGAGAGUCUCCUGGGGCUCUGGAAAGGUGUCUCUCCAUCUUUUGCAAGAUGCAUUCCUGGAGUUGGGAUUUACUUCAGCACUUUGUACACAAUGAAGCAAAAGUUUUUAGUGGACCGUUCGCCCACAGCCCUGGAGUCUGUCUUUCUGGGUGCCACCUCCCGUGCAAUAGCUGGGAUUUGCAUGCUGCCAGUGACUGUAGUGAAGACCCGAUACGAGAGUGGAAGAUUUGGCUAUGGGAGUGUAUAUGGAGCACUGAAGAAUAUAUAUCAAACGGAGGGGGCUCGUGGCAUGUUCAGUGGGCUCACUGCAACGCUGCUGCGGGAUGCUCCUUUCUCUGGAAUCUACCUGAUGUUCUACACGCAGACCAAAAAACUCACUCCUCAGGAUCAGCUGGAUCCAGCACUCAUGCCCCUGCUGAAUUUUGGCUGUGGGAUCUUUGCGGGAAUCUUGGCUUCACUGGCAACACAGCCUGCUGACGUCAUCAAAACACAUAUGCAAUUGUCCCCACAAAAGUACCACAGGACGACCCAAGCCAUUGCCUUCAUCUACAAGGACUUUGGGUUGGUCGGCUUUUUCCGAGGUGGUGUGCCCCGGGCUCUAAGGCGUACUCUGAUGGCAGCAAUGGCAUGGACUGUAUAUGAACAGAUGAUGGAAAAAAUGGGCUUGAAAUCUUGAGUGACUUGCACUAGAAAUGGCCGGCCUCACUCCUUUUCCUGCUUGCUGUGAUCAACUGGCACUGGGAAGUUCUCAGUUCCAUGGAUGAAUAAGUCUUCUUCAGCUGGGAAGAAGAAAUCCCUUCUGAGAUGGGGAUUAGGCCUUUUGGCAAGUGGAGGAAAGACAGAUCAGAUUGCCACAUCAUUUGAGUAACGCAUUCCAGAAGGACUGUACAUGCAGACUGCUGUGGGAAAUGGCAGGGUUUUCACAGCCUGGGAACUAUGCUGAGAGAAGCCCCUUUUAAAAAUAGCUUUGUGCUCACCACCUUUAUGCAAUGAGAAAUGUCUGAGCAGAAGUGUUUGAGGAGAAAACAGUGAAGACAAUGCUGAUUGCAGAAUCUGUCAGCCUGUUCCUUACUGGUGUGGCCAUUAAGGCCAUGUUGAUUCACCAUCUGAUAUAGAUCCUCCUUCCUCACAUGAUUUGUUCUCACAGGAGAACAUAGCAGAGGAUGCUAGGAGACUGGCUGUGUCUCUUAAUGCUUAUAUUGCAGGGGUGGGUGGAAGAGAAAUGAAAGGCUGAAAGAAAGCUAGAAACACAGUCUGUGUCAUCACUUGCCUACCAUGUUUGAUAGCAGAGAAAGUAACUGGAACAUCCAUGCUAUGUUAUUUGUUUUUACCUAAAUGAGCAUCUUAACACUCUUCAGGUGUGCUUCUGCCUCUACAGCAGUGCUUGCACAGGAAUUAAGAAGCAUAAGGCACUUUAAAGUAGAAGUAGAGAGAGUUGAAUUGCUACCAAAGUUGCAUUAAUUGCCCACAAAACAUUUUUCCUGCUGGUCUGACUGUAUCAGGAAUACCGCAGUACUUUUUUUAUCCAGUUCUACUACAGACUUACCUGCUUCAUAUCAUUCAUUUGCUGAUCUCUGAUCUCUACUCUCAGUGCAAGCUGGUCCUUAGAUGUAGUUUUUAGGGAUAUAGCUCAUAAUGCAUAAAUGUAUAAUGGAACCAGAUAUUGGUACUUCAGAUUUCACUGAGAAGCUGCUGCUGAUUGCAUGAGGAAUAUCUUUGGUUUUGGCAAGAGAAGGCUGUUCUUUUCUGUAAACUCUCUCCAAAGUUUUGAGGCCUCUGAGUGUUUGGUAGGGAACUUUCAUCUCUGGGCUCCACACAAACCCCGGACAGUUUUCCAGAUGAUCAUUCUCUCUUAGAAGGUAGUCCACUCAUAUUUCAGUAUUCCUGCUGUUAGACUUGGAGUCAAACCUACUCCUUCCAUCAGCUGUGCCUUCUUCCUCAUUCCUAGUUUGUAACAUAGACCUGAUAGCAUAUGCUUUCCAAAGUCAGAUACAGCACGUUCCCUUCUUCACUUGUGCCUCAGUGCUGCCUGGCUGAGUUGGGACUCUUGCAGCUUUGUUGGUGUUGCUGCAAAGAUGGGCAUGGAAGUCUGCAUCCUAUUCCAUGGCAUGCCUUGCAGACAACAUAGCUUUGGUUCUUAUUUUCUUAAAUGUCUAGAGAUAUUAAAAUUCACUUGAAAACAAGAGCAGAAGUCUCUAAAUAUGAAGGCAUGAUAUACUCUAGCUGUACAGGUAACUGGUAUUAGCUACUGUUCUUUAAAUUUUAUGUGUAAUUUGCACAAUCAGUGCUUGCCCUGGCAGCCUCCUGAAGACGAGAUUAGAGGGGACAUAGGUUGUAAAAGAUAUUCCUUACCAGAGUCCAACCCCAACAAGGUAUGAUGACUGACAGAAAAGUGAAGUCUAGGGAAAGUCUAAGGGACAGGCUAGAGGCUUGGAAGGUGCUGCCUGUUUUCAGCCUCAGCCGAUCCGUGAUGGAGGACUGGCACUACACCGCACGGGAAUCUCCAAGAGUAGUAGGAGGGUCCUGUGUACAUUUAUCUGCAUGUUAAUAAUAGAGCAGUGCAUCAAAUCAUUCCAGUCAAAAUCAGUUUGUGGCUGACAAGCUGCCAGAUUCCCUGUGCUGCUUCUGACUGUCAGACAUGUGGACAGAUCAUUUGCCAUAUCCUAAAUAUGAAGAACUUUUCCUUUCUUUUGCUGUCCCUCCUGCCCCUGGUAACCUGAAGGGUGCCUGCAUGAAACAGCAGUGGAAACUGCUGUUUAUUGCCCCAAGCACUACAAGCUCAGAGAGCCAGAGAACCAAGUCUGGGGUUAUUGACCUGGCAGACUAAAGUGGCAACUGCAUGAGCUGCUCUAAGUCUUUUAUUUCUUUAAGCAUGGGAUCAAACCAACAUACUAUACUAGAAGCCUGAAUUUAUUUGGGACUUUCUGGAUCUGUUGUGUGAAGUGGAUCUAUUUCUCAUCUUGGGCUGUGGCAGUCCAGGGCUGUGGAUGGUGUCCUGAAAGAUACUUCAUGAAUGUUGUAGUUCCCGAUUUAGCAAUGGCAGAACAGAGCAGUGUGCAACUUGUGCAGAUAGAAACUUAAGUUCUUAAAAAUGACUAUCCAUGUUAAAUCUCAAAUUAAGUAAUCUCUGCAUCAGAAGCCUGAAAUGCAGGAACACUUCAGCAGCUUUUAUGCCCUAUACUCUUGCUUGGUCAAAUAACAAAGGAAGAAUUAAAGAAUCUGUUCUGACAUGCCAGAAUGUCUUAAAAUGUACUUUUCUUUUGUUAGAUUUUUCUUUGGAAAAGCUCUUCCAUUCCCCUCCCUUUGUGGAGGAUGAGGAGGGCUCUUUGUUGUGGCAUUAGUGUGAAAAGGCAUAUGCCUUUGACUCGUGAAUUAGCCUGGGCUCCUUUAAGAAACAGAGACUCUGAACUGCUCUGCGUUUCAUCAAAACCCUGGUGCUGCAAAUCCAAAAUCUUUCCCAUGUGUACAUUGGUGGAGUGGGUUUUGUGGUGCAAGUUUUUUGUUUGUUUUUCUUCAGUAUUUCUUUUGUCAGGUCUCCUACAUAUGGGGAAAAAGGAAGCUGAAAGUUCUGCUUUGUGGUCUUCUGAAAGCUGUAUGAACAUAGGCAGUCACAAGACUAUUUUUGAGCUCUGACCCUUACCCUCCUUCCUUCUCUUCCCUCUCUGCAGAAAUAUUCUGCUUCUAAAGUGAUCCAUUGACCUUACUUCUCAAAAGCUAUAGCAAGUCAAGGAAGACAAAUGUGUGAAUCUGAUUAGGUAUACUGCUCUUGAGGUCAUGUGUUUCAUUGACAACAAAUGGCCAUGGUACAACUGGAAUACAACUUAAAAUCAAAGAAAGUUUCAGAGACUGGCACUGGAUCACUUACCUGCAUCAUCGCAAUCCUAUUAGAUGUUCAUUUACAAAGACACCCUAGCUUGGAUUACAGACAUGGUGGGGUUGGAAAGGGUGAUGCUUUCUACACAUGACAGGGGUACAGUCAGAUCACUCUCUGAAUGACCUGAGUUGCUGGCAAUACAUUAGGAGUGAAUGUGCUCUGGUAUUUUUGCUCUCUUUGCCCAUGCAGCUGUGGUGGUGGAACACAAGUGUUUAACCCAUUGAGGCAUUCGGUAUUAAAGUGAAUUGUAAGGACACAAGAGAAAUAGUCUGAUUAUUUAUUUAUGUUUUAGAAACACUGUUUGCAUUCUUCCUGUGCCUGAUGGCUUUUUUUUUCUUGCACUGUUUAAACACAACUGGAGUUUUGGAACAUUCUCUAAGUUUGAGUGCUGUGAAUGUUAUUGUGUCUAUAAAAUAUUUAUGUGAGAAGAGUGUAUUACAUAUUGCUAUUAAAAACAACUGUGGUUGCCAAAAUAAA